ACUUCUUCUCGAACCUUCUCGAUUUGAGGCUUUUCAUUUUCCCAAAUCAAAGUGAAGAGCUUUGAUCUCCAAAAUCGAAUCUUGUAACAUCUCCAUUUCACAGUUUCCCUCUCUUCUUUUACUCUCAAACCCAACAAGAGUAGAGCAAAACCCUAGAACGAAACCACCCCACAUGGCGAUUAUCUCUGAGGUAGAAGAAGAAAGCAGUAGCAGCCGACCCACGAUGCUCCCGUUUAGGGCGACGUUCGAUUCUUCAAACCCAUUAGGGUUUUUGGAGAAAGUUUUUGACUUUCUUGGAGAACAGAGCGAUUUUCUCAAGAAAACUUCCGCGGAGGAGGAGAUCGCCUUCGCGGUUAGGGCGGCGAAGGAGAAGUUAAAGAAGGCUGAGAAGAAGAAAGCUGAGAAAGAGACGGUGAAGCCUGUUGAGAAGGUUAGUGUUAAACCUGUGGAGAAGAAGGUUGAGAAGGAGAGUGUGAAGCCGAGUGUGGCUACUUCAAGUGCUGAGCCUAUGGUUGUGGAGAAGCCUAAGGAAGAGGAGAAGAAAGAAUCUGGUCCCAUUGUUCCUAAUAAAGGUAAUGGAACUGAUCUUGAGAACUACUCAUGGGUCCAGAGUCUCCAGGAGGUCACUGUUAACAUUCCAGUGCCUACUGGCACUAAAGCACGAACUGUUGUAUGUGAGAUUAAGAAAAACCGUCUCAAGGUUGGUCUCAAAGGCCAGGAUCCAAUAAUCGAUGGGGAGCUUUACCGAUCUGUGAAACCUGAUGACUGCUACUGGAAUAUUGAGGAUCAAAAGGUGAUUUCGAUUCUCUUGACUAAGCAUGAUCAGAUGGAGUGGUGGAAAUGCUGUGUGAAAGGUGAACCCGAAAUAGAUACUCAGAAAGUUGAACCAGAGAGCAGCAAAUUAGGUGACCUUGACCCAGAAACUCGCCAGACUGUUGAGAAAAUGAUGUUUGAUCAAAGGCAAAAGCAGAUGGGUCUUCCAACAAGUGACGAGCUACAGAAGCAAGAGAUUCUCAAGAAAUUCAUGUCUGAGCAUCCAGAGAUGGACUUCUCAAACGCAAAGAUAAACUGAUGCUCCUGUCGUCGUCUGGUCUCUCUGCCAAGAAAAAAAAACCAUUUUUGCAUCUUCACCAACUUGCUUUUCGUUGCAUCUGUUAAAAACUUGUUCCCUUUUUACUUACUGCUUCUGUUUUGUCUACUUUGAAAGCAAGUUCAUGUUCGGUUUAACGUCCUUAGCUUUGUGGUUCUUUGGUGUUUGUUGAUUGGAACUGUUCAAGAAAACCAGUUAUCGUUGUUAAUUCAUAUGA